AUGGCGACGCUAUCUCUGAGGAUAUCCAUCGUCGAACGAGAUGUCACCAAAACGAUGCAAUUCGAUCCGACCAUAUCGGUGUACAACGCAUGCCGACUGAUCAGAGACAAGAUAUCUGAAGCCAAUCUAGACCAACCAAAAGAUUAUGGAUUGUUUCUAGCUGACGAAGACAUAAAGAAAGGAGUUUGGCUGGAACCUGGACGUAAUUUAGAAUAUUAUAUUCUGAGAAAUGGGGAUUUGUUGGAAUAUCGAAAAAAGAUGAGAACAUUAAAAGUGCAUAUGCUUGAUGGAACAUUGAAAACCCUUCUUGUCGAUGACAGUCAACCAGUAGCAAAUCUAAUGGUGGUAAUUUGCACAAAAAUUGGAAUUACCAACCAUGACGAAUAUAGUCUUGUGAGAGAAACUCCAGAAGAAGAAGUUGAAAAUAAAGCUAAUUUUGGAACAUUGACAUUAAAAAGACGAAAAGAAGAUCGAGAACGUGAAAAAGAUGCUAAAAUGGAACAAUUAAGAAAAAAAUUGAAAACAGAUGAUGAAGUCAACUGGGUUGAUCCAUCUAAAACUCUUAGAGAACAAGGCAUUGAUGAGGGUGAGCCUGUAUUAUUAAGAAGGAAAUUUUUCUUUUCUGACGGAAACAUAGAUUCCCAUGACCCAGUACAAUUGAAUUUAUUAUAUGUUCAGGCAAGAGACGCAAUUUUAGAUGGAACACACCCAGUUACAGAAGACCUUGCUUUACAGCUUGCUGGUAUUCAAACACAUAUUCAAUUUGGAAAUUACUGUGAAACCAAACACCGUCCCCCAUUUUUAGAUCUAAAGGAAUUUUUACCUCAAUCAUACACAAAAAUAAAAGGUAUUGAAAAAAAAAUAUUUUCUGAGCACAAAAAUCACGUAGGUUUAUCUGAAUUGGAUGCAAAAGUUCUUUAUACAAAAACUGCAAGAUCAUUACCCACUUAUGGAGUAACAUUUUUCUUAGUUAAAGAAAAAAUGAAAGGAAAAAAUAAAUUAGUUCCUCGUCUUUUGGGAGUGACAAAGGAUUCAGUUUUACGCUUGGAUGAAAGAACCAAAGAAAUAUUAAAAACUUGGCCUCUAACAACAGUAAGAAGAUGGGGAGCUUCUCCAAAUACAUUUACAUUAGACUUUGGGGAUUAUUCAGAUCAAUAUUAUUCAGUACAAACUACUGAAGCUGAACAAAUACUUCAAUUAAUUUCUGGUUAUAUUGACAUCAUUCUGAAAAAAAAAAAGUCUAAAGAUCAUUUUGGUAUUGAAGGAGAUGAAGGUUCAACAAUGGUAGAAGAUAGUAUUUCACCGCUUAAGGCUACAAUUUUACAACACGAAAGUAGUCAGUUUGGAAAAGUAAACACUGAAUCAGUGGCAAAGCCUGCAGUAAUGAGAGCUGGAGCUGAAGGUGCUCGUCCAUAUGGACUAGGACACAUGGGAAAUGCUCAGUACACAACAGUCAGUGGGCGAAUAAAUGUACACCUACACCAUCAGUGGGACCACAAAAUAACCAAAUUAAGGUUAUUGAGUGCGCCACAAAAAGCAUUGUGCAUGACUAUAUCAAAUAGUCAAGAAAUUAUAACUACUAUGAAAAAACGAAUUGAUAUCAAAAGCUGUUAUUCCCGAAUUUGGCAACGAUGCAGUAAGCUUCAACAAACUGAACGAGAUACAAUAGAUUCAAAUAAACAAAACAUCAGCUCCCAAAUUGCAGCCAUGAAUGCCGCUACAGCUCAAGUAGUCACUUUGACUUCUGGAGAUAUUGACUAUUCUCGUGGACGUCAGAAUUUACUAAACGCUGCUAGUAAAGUUGGUGAAGCUUCUCAACAAGUAUUAACACAGAUUGGUGAUGAUGGAGCUGAUGAAUCUCGUGACAUUUUAUUGAGUUUGGCUAAAGCGGUAGCUCAUACAACAGCCGCUCUAGUUGUUUUAAAGCUAAAAAUUGCUGCAACUACAUGUGCACUUACAACUUCACAGCUAGUAGCCUGUACAAAAGUUGUUGCUGGUACUGUGGAAAAUCCAAGUUGCAAAGAACAGUUAAUGGCUGCAGCUAGAGAAGUGGUUAAUGCAGUAGAAGACCUAGUUUCUGUGUGUAAUUUAACACAGCAUGAAAAUAAUGAACAUUUAUUACAAGAACUUUCGGAUGCAGCAUAUAAAGUACCACUACAUUAA